AUGGAGUCCUGCAGGGUUCCUCACCAUGUCCUGCUUUUAUUCAUCCUCACGUUCAUCACAGUACCUGUAUCAGCUGUCACUACUGUACAGGUGAAGUGUAAUCAGGCUGCUGCUCUGCCCUGUGAAUGGAAAUGUUCUCGUGAGGCCAAAUGGACUCUGUUCAGUAACCGAGAUGAUGCAGUGGCUCGGUGUGAUCAGACAUCCUGCAGGUCACUAAAGGAGGGAUUUAAAAUGUCCCAUGAUCAGUACCUGAAGGGAGAUCUCACCCUCACCAUCACUGCAGCUGAUUACAGUAUGAGGGGUUUAUACACGUGUGAGUGUGGUGACAGAGACAUUAAAGAUGUGCGUCUCAGCAUCGAGACCAUGACAUCAUCAGUUCAGAUAAACCCUGGUGAAGAUCUGCAGCUGGAUUUGCACGUAUCAGAGCGAGUGGAGGUGAUCUAUAAGGGUGGAGAUUCAGCAGAUCCACAUGGUGAACAGAUCUGCACCGUGGAUAGAAGCUCACUACGCUGUACAGCUGAAUACACACCGAGAACAUCACUCACUAACACAGUUCUUACACUGAGAGGAGUAAAGCUGACUGAUGGGGGAGUUUACAUCGUCCGAGACACGGAGAAUAAUGAAGAUCUUCAUACUUACUCAGUCUCAGUGACAGUAUCAGUGAGAGAGAGAGCGCUACCAGUGUGGGCGAUUAUCCUGAUAGUGCUGAUGGUUCUUCUGCUUGUUGCGCUGCCUGUGAUGAUAAUCUGCUACCUGAGGAAUCGGUGCUGCCAAAGAGAUGAACCAUAUUAACUUGUACAGAGGAGCAGCAGUGGAGCAGGAAGACAUCAGAUCUGAAAUGGUACCUCAGCAACGACUAACCUACGAGAGAACCGAAUGAUGUUGGAGCAGGAAGAGAACGAAGCUCAAACAUAAGAAUGGAGUAACAGAGAGAAGAGACUUAUAACUUCAUGCAGCAUGAUUCUGGAGCAAGGAGAGAGCUGAACUCAGAUAGGAAGACGGGAAUAAAUGAUUUCUCCAUCCCUUUGUUCUUCACAACACCAAAAGAAUAUGACCUGACUACAGAAUCUGCUGGAAUCCUCCCUCAUACUGUUUGUCAGUUCUAGACCUGACUACUGCAAGUCUUUUUUUUAAUCUCUUUAUCUGUUACAUAUCCUCAUCAGAUAAUUCUAUAGGCUUCUCCUGUCAUAUAUUACCUUUGGAGAAGAUUUCACUGAGCACCACAUCAUGUAAGAAGCCUGGUUUAGAUCUCCACACCUGCACUCCAACUCUGGAAUAUCAUCUGUCCUUCUCUGGGAUCUGCUUCAGUCCUGGUUCCUCAGCAGUGUGAUGAGCUUCCAGCUCCUCUAAGAAGGUCACAUUUCCACUGCCUUGUGUAGCGUUCCCUCCUGGAUCAUGAAUCCAUUUUAAUAUUGGAUUUCAUAAAAAAUGUUGUUUGCAAAUAUUUUGCAAUAUUAAUUAUAAAGAUAAUAGACUAUAUAGCCAAAGGUAUGUAGACACAUUCUUGUUGAACACAUAAAAAGGUCAUGGACCCUCUCCUGAUAA